GGCGGGGCCUAGCAAUUAGCUCGCGGGUUGUUGGGCUGGCCGGUGGCCGCGGCCUGUGCCUUGUUAGUCGGCCCUUCUGGAAGUUCUCUUUAGAACUCAGACAUGUUGCGAAAACUCACCGUAGAGCAGAUCAAUGACUGGUUCACCAUCGGAAAGGCUGUUAGUGGGGUAGAGUUCCUGGGGGGCGAGCCCCCCGCUACAGUUUUGGCUUGUAACCGCGGUGGGUCUGCAAGAGAGCAGUUGCUUUCUGCCAAAGCGAUACGUGCUCAGCAGAGUGCUGGAGUCAAUUAUGUUGAAAGAUACAGACAACUGGAGGCUGAAGAACUUGAUGCAUCCAACAGCAGUUGGCCUCUCUGUGAACCAGCUCCAUCCCAACCAUCCAAGUGUGAAUCCAGUCUUGUGACUUGCAUACCAGCUGACAAUUACAAAUAUCCUGAGUUGCCCAUAUCAAGAUACAGAGAAGAGAUAAUUUCCUUGAUAGAAAGCAACUCGGUGGUAAUUGUGCGUGGAUCUACUGGCAGUGGCAAAAGCACUCAGCUUCCACAGUAUGUCUUGGACCACUGUGCCCAGCGCUCUGCCUACUGCAACAUCAUUGUUACUCAGCCCAGGAAAAUUGGUGCCAGCAGUAUUGCAAGGUGGAUUAGCAAGCAGCGGUCAUGGCCUCUGGGUGAACUUGUGGGCUACCAGGUUGGUUUAGAAAAAGUUGCAACAAAGGACACACGACUGAUUUAUGUGACGACUGGAGUUCUCCUUCAGAAAGUAGUUGGAGCCAAAAGCCUUUCAGAGUUCACUCACAUCUUCAUAGACGAAGUCCAUGAGCGUACUGAAGAGAUGGAUUUCUUACUGUUGGUGGUCCGUAAACUGUUGCGCACCAAUUCACGAUUUGUGAAGGUAAUUCUGAUGUCUGCAACAAUCAACUGCCAAGAGUUUGCCGACUAUUUUGCAAUUCCAGUCCGCAACCGGCUAUACCCGGCUUAUGUGUUUGAAGUGGAAGGCAAGCCCCAUGCCAUUGAAGAAUAUUUCCUCGAUGACCUGAAGCCUAUUCUCAGUCAUAUCAGGAUUCCCGUACAAAGUACUGAGGACCUGCUAAUACCUGAAGAGAUGUACAAAGCAGCAGUCACUCUGAUCCAGUGGUUUGAUGAGCUGGAAAGGAAAGAGAGCGGGAAGACACAUGCAGAAAACCAGAGUCUGGACUUUGUGUCAGACCGUGGCAGUGUGUUGGCAUUUUUACCAGGUUUGGCAGAAAUAAAUCGCAUGCAUGAGCUUCUCACAAUCAUGGCUCAUAAGAGGUUGCAAGUGUAUCCACUGCAUUCCAGUGUUACGUUGGAAGAACAGAAUAAUGUGUUCUUAGCUCCAGUUCCUGGUUACCGAAAAAUCCUUCUGUCCACAAACAUUGCGGAGAGCUCUGUAACAGUUCCAGAUGUUAAAUAUGUAAUUGAUUUCUGUUUGACCAGAAAUCUCGUUUGUGAUGAAGACACCAACUAUCAAAGCUUGAGGCUGUGCUGGGCUUCUAAAAACAGCUGUAAUCAGAGGAGAGGUCGGGCUGGCCGCGUUUCUAAGGGAUACUGCUACAGACUAGUAUACAAAGACUUCUGGGCAAAUUGUAUACCAGAGACCACCAUACCUGAGAUGAUGCGAUGCCCAUUGGAAAAUACCGUGUUAAAGGUGAAACUGCUUGACAUGGGCGAACCAAGAGCUUUGCUAGCAACCGCCCUGUCUCCUCCCUGUAUAAGUGACAUUGAGCGCACCAUUCUUCAUCUUAAGGAGAUAGGAGCACUGGCUGUCGGUGUCCAUUCAGAAGAAAAAAACCCUUACGAUGGCGAGCUGACCUUCCUAGGCAGGGUGUUGGCACAGUUACCUGUGGACCAGCACCUUGGCAAACUAAUAGUUCUUGGCCAUGUCUUUGGGUGUCUGGAAGAAUGCCUUAUCAUAGCUGCAGCCCUGUCUUUGAACAACUUCUUUGUAAUACCUUUUAGGCAGCAUCUUGAUGGAUACAGAAAUAAACUGCAUUUUUCUGGGAACAGCAAGAGUGAUUGUAUUGCACUCGUGGAUGCAUUUAAGGAAUGGCAGGAAAACAGGGAAAAAGGAAAACUCAGACACCCCAAGGAUGAACUUGACUGGGGUCGUUCCAACUAUAUUCACAUCAAGAGAAUUAGAGAGGUGGCUGAAUUGUAUGAGGAGCUGAAAAAGAGAGUCGGCGUUUUCAACAUGCAUGUUGACACUCAACCUCCUGCUAUGGAUCAUGAGCAUGUUUAUAAGCAGCGCUUCAUUUUGCAGGUUGUCAUGGCUGGAGCAUUCUAUCCAAAUUAUUUUACUUUUGGGGAACAUGAUGAAGAAAUUGCUGUACGGGAGCUGUCAGGCAAAGAUCCCAAAACAACCGUGGUGUUGAAGAACAUCCCCCCAUAUGGCUUCCUCUACUAUAAACAACUGCAGUCCCUGUUUAGACAGUGUGGCCAAGUAAAAUCCAUUUCCUGUGAUGGGACUAAAGCCUUUGUAGAAUUUUCCCGCAAUCCUACAGAACGCUUUAAAACGCUUCCCGCAGUGUAUCUGGCUCUCAAAAUGUCACAGCUACGAACCCCGUUGGAACUUAAUGUACAUUUCCCAGAAGAGAUUGAAGAGAAAAUGGGAGGAGGCGCAAGUGUGCUUGUGAGAGGCACACGAGUGAAUGUGGACUUCCAGAAGCAUACAGUGUCUCCUAUGCAGAAGUUCAGUAGCACUUUGGAAAAACUGCAGACCAUAAGCAGCCUUGAUUUAUCCAUCAAUGUCACAGAGGUAGUUGAAGUUGGACAUUUCUGGGGUUACAGAAUUGAUGAGAAAAAUAUGACUUUGCUCAAAAACCUAGCUGCUGAGAUCAACCAGCUGGAGCUGGCUCCUUUGCCAGUUCGUCCUUAUCCAGAUUUGGUUUGUUUGGCACUGUUUACAGACUGGGGAAAUGAGAGGUACUACAGAGCCCAAAUCCUGUAUGUAUCUGGAGAGAGUGCAGAGGUUUUCUAUGUAGAUUAUGGCAAUAGAUCAAAAGUGGCUUUGGACCACUUGCGAGAGAUUCCAAGCCACCUUCGAGAGCUUUCUUUCCAGGCACUGGAAUUCAAGGUGCGCAGAAUGCGACCUUCUGCACAAUCUCUUGUAUGCGGAGAACAGUGGAGUUACGCCGCAAGCCAGAGAUUUGCCUCCUUGGUCAAUGGCUGUGCUCUGAUGGUGCACGUCUUUUCGAUCGUGCACAGCAUCUUGCAUGUCGAUGUGCUUCGGUUCUCUGGGCUUACAGAUAUUGUGAACGUCCGCGACAUACUUAUUCAGGAAUGCUAUGCUGAGCUGGCAGAAGACUCCUAUGAAUCAAAACUAAGCCAUGAAAACCUUAAUCAGCUAUUUUCAAACCACGAAGAAUGGAAGAAGACUGUAUCUGUCCAGAGCAGCCCAAAAGAUGAAGAGCAUUACCUGAUUGAAAUGCUGCUGGAGAAUGCCUCUGCCAAUAGGUUUAGUGCACCAAACUGCAAGGCAAAGCUGCUUGGUCCGUAUAACCCCUACAGUCUGAAAUUCAGCAGUAUGACCAGAAUCUCCAAGUUUAGAGCAGUCUUGGUAGAGAAGGAGAGUGUUAAUUCUGUUGUUGUUGUUCAUGCCCCUGAGGAUACAUUUCAACAAAUGUUGGUUGCUGCCUCCAUAACAGUAAAUGCAACAGGAUCCACAAUGUUGCUAAGGGAGACGUGUCUAAUGCCUCAUAUUCCAGGACUUCCAGCAUUGCUUAGCAUGCUGUUUGCUCCUGUGAUAGAUCUCAGGGUGGAUGAAAGCAGGAAGAGGUACAUUGGUGUUCUUUGUGGCUUGGGAUGGAACCCUGUGCUAGGAAUACCAGUCCUUUCAGACCAUGACAUGGAAUAUACGUUUGAUGUGAAGAUUGAUGCAGAUGACAUAACACAGAUAAACAUUAUAAGGCUUGCGAUUAACAAAUUAGUCUCUGACGGCCCCAACGGCCUGUUGCAUUUUGGUCAAGAGAGAAUUGCCCAGUUGCAGAAUGCUGCUCGCCAGAAACUCUUAAGCUUGAUUUGCAAAUCAAAACCUCGUGAAGUUGUUCCUUCCAAGUUCUAUCCAAAUCCAUAUGAAUGGAGUCAGCCAAAGUCAGCUGUUGUUAUUGACCAGUCUGAACAGCAAGAUGCAAGAGCAAGGCAUGCCUCCCUGUACCAGUUGCAUAAAUUGAUUUUGUUAAAUGCCUAAGACUGCAGCAGUAAUCACACUUAACUGGAAGAAAGCCCCAUUAAAACUGGUGGAAUCUGUUUCCAAAGGAGUGUAUUUAGGAUCAGAAUGUUAAAGAAAUCUACUGUGCUCUUAAUAAAGCAUAACAAAAAAUAAGUGUUUAGAAGCAUGAAGUUACAAUUUAAUUUUUUACCUUGUUUUCCUAACUCGAAACUAAAAAAACAGCAACACAAGUAUAUGCAGUAUUUGAAUUUAGAAUAACUUCAGUGCUGUUCGCAUGCUGUUUUUUAGGUUGCACCACUUGGCUCCACCUCUUUGACUUCCACAUAUUUGGUAAAGUUCUGAAUUGGGGGCAGGGUGAUUGUACUUGCCAUAGGCUCUUUCACACAAUCGGGAGCCCUGAUUGCAGUGCUCUUGGUUGACUGUGGAGGAGCCUACACAAGUACAGCAAGCUACACCUUCAAAUUUUUGCCUCAUGUCAGAAGUGGCUGGCUGGAUUGGCCAGAGUUGCUGUGCCAGCUUCCCGGCAAGUGGGCCACUGUUGCUUACUGGAAGGGAGACGGGAAAGCUGAUAGGGAGACUGGUGCCAGUCUCUUGCACUGGCAGAGUCCAUCUAGUAGAGAGAUUCACAUGGCACAAACAUGCCAAUGUGGUGUUCCUGCUGGAGCAUUUGUGCCUCACUGAGCUCCCUGCUGCCUCACCUCUCUCACUCCUAGUAAGCAACAAUAACUCACCUGCCAGAAGGCUAGCAUAGCAAAUUCACCACACCUAGCAAGCUGCUUCUUCCCAAUGUGCAGUGGUUGCAGGGUCAGAUUCAGGCAGGUGCAGGAACGGUGGGAGCACAGUGGGAGGGUGCCGUGAGUGGCGGUGCCAGGAGGGGUGGUCUCCUCCACCUUCGCUCAUUUACGCUCCACGUGAUGUUUCCCUUUAUGCGCUUAAAGCAGGAGUGGAGAACCUUUGGCCCUCCAGGCGUUGUUGGACUACAACUCCCAUCAGCCUUGACUAUUAGUAAUGCUGACUGAGGAUGAUGGCAGGUGUAGUGCAGCAACAUCUGAAGGCUCAGUGGUUCUCCACCCUGGUCUAAAGACACAUACAGGUUGCUAUGGUUGAGAUUCCUGGGAUUGAUAGUUUUGUCAACAUGGUGUAGUGUGUUGACCAAGUUCUUCAGAGUGUGUAAGUGGGAUUGAAUAUAAUUAAGCCACUACAGUUUAAGUCUUUAGUUAACAUGCACAGCAGGCAGAUAAGAAGAUAAUGUUUUAGUUUUACCUUUGAAUUAAAGUACACUGGAAUCUGUUCCAUUUAAUAUUUGUUCUAUUAUUAGCUCUGUGCUAAGUCUGUAGUUUGCUUUGGAAAAAUAAAGCUAUUGAAUUUAAGAA